AUGGCUCCUGCUCCGAUCGCGUCCCCCUCAGACGAUAUUGCGACCGUUCUUCAACUGGUCAACCCUCCCCAGAUUGCCCCGCAUCGCUCCCAUGACCCCUCCAACAAUCAAAAGCGGAGCGAUCCCUUCCAGUUCGGCUCCCGGUACCUGGAAGAAGGAGACGAUGUGUUCGAGUUCAACGCCUGGGAUCAUGUAGAGCCUGAUGAUGAGUUCAAGGCUUUCGCAGAGGUGCAAUACUCCAAGCAGCGCGAAACCCCGGUUUCCGAUUUCGACAGAACCCGUUUCAACGCCGACCCCGCCAAGUGGUGGAAUCUCUUCUACAAGAACAACACUGCCAACUUUUUCAAGAACCGGAAGUGGCUCCGCCAGGAAUUCCCAAUUCUUGCGGAGGUCACCCAGCCCGACGCAGGCAAAAAGGUCGUGCUGGAGGUCGGUGCUGGCGCCGGAAACACCGCCUUUCCAUUGCUGGAAAACAAUGAGAACCCGGAGCUCAUGGUUCAUGCUUGCGAUUUCUCAAAGACUGCUGUCAAGGUCAUGCGCGAAAGCCCGCAUUACAACCCUAAGCAUAUCACGGCUGAUGUGUGGGAUGUUACGGCACAACCGGAUGAGGACAGCAAUGGGCUCCCUCCCGGUCUCACUGAGGGCUCCGUCGAUGUCGUUGUCCUGAUCUUCAUCUUCUCUGCCUUGGCACCGGAGCAGUGGGAACAGGCUCUUCGCAAUGUGUACCGCGUGUUGAAGCCGGGCGGACACGUUCUGUUCCGCGAUUACGGGCGGGGCGACUUGGCGCAGGUUCGGUUCAAGAAAAACCGUUAUAUGGGCGAGAACUUCUACGUUCGUGGUGAUGGAACACGAGUAUACUUUUUCGAUCGUGAUGAAUUAGAGAACAUUGAGCAGGAUGCUACCGACAAAAAGGGCGUCUUUGAGGUUAACAAGCUGGGGGUCGAUUAUCGGUUGAUCGUUAACCGUCAACGCAAGCUCAAGAUGUACCGCUGCUGGAUUCAGGGACAUUUUACCAAGCGUGGAGAAACUGCCACAGCUGAUGUCACGAAGAGCGAAUCUUGA